CUGGCAGCCAGCUAUUAUCUGAAUCCGCAUUCCGAGUAACGCGCUUGAUAGAUCCAGAUUGAGAGCUCCUUCGGGCGAGCCGCCCGCUCACACGUUCUAUUCGAUUGGCUGUUGGCUGCGAUGAGUGGUCACGAUUCCACUGCCGUCACACCGCCUCGAUCUCCAAUUUCACACCCACCAUCAACUCCAAGCAGAUCCAAGAGAGCUUUGAAGGACCUCGACGCACUUCGCGGUGCCCCAGAAAGUCAGCCUGGGCAAAUCUUGCCUUCAUGGCGGUCCCAAGAGAAUUCCGGCGCUUUGGGCAAUGCCUGCGAUAGCCCGAGUCCCGCAAGGGACGGCCGACUGACCAAGAAGGCCAAGGUCGAGCUCACCCCCAGAUCUUAUCAAAGCUACCUCUACGAAAUUGCGAAACGCCGAUCCGUCAUCGCUGUGCUGCCGACAGGCAGCGGCAAGACGCUCGUGGCUGCAAUGCUCAUUCAGCAUGUCCUCGACAUGCACCAAGGCCAACAUGCGCAGCGGUCCCCACCCGACGUUUUCAAGCCACCGACGCAGCCCACACCCCUGCCGGGCAACGAGCACACAUCGGAGCGCAAGGUCAUUCUCUUCCUCGUGAAUUUGGUCCCUCUGGUGCAUCAGCAGGCCACUUUCAUUGAAGAACACACCAACGCCAGAGUCGGGCGUCUCUUCGGAGGAGUGGGCGUAGAUACGAGGGACGAGGCACAAUGGGCUCACAUGACCAAGCAAGGCACGUACGACGUCAUCGUAGCUACAGCGCAGUGCGUGCUGGAUGGCCUUAUUCAUGGAUUCUUCAGCAUCAGAGAUAUUCAGCUGCUGAUCUUUGACGAAGCCCACCAUGCGAGCCUGGUCCACCCGUAUCGGCGCAUCAUGAACUGCUACUGGGACACGCAUCCCAAACAGCGUCCACACAUCUUUGGCAUGACUGCCAGUCCUCUCAAAUCUGGCGCAAGCUUCGAACACGCCACCCAAACCCUCGAGAGAACGCUGGACGCGAUCAUCUUGACGGCUCCGGAGGCGCACCGCGAAGAGCUCACUCGGGCCGUCAGUCGACCUCAAGAGCUCGUGGUGGAAUUUAACCCUGCGCCAUUGUCAAGUCCUAGCAGAUUUACAAAGUUCAUCGAGUCGGAAUUCGGUGCCAUGCCAGGCUGUAAACGCCUGCUGGCACGGAUCGACGAAGUGACGGCGGAAUAUGGGGUUCUGAUGGCUGACCUCGUCUGGAUGACUUCCUCCAAGGACAUACGAGCAGCUUCGCGAGAAUUGCAAGACUACAGGCCAUCGGCAGAAUCGGACUAUGAGCUGCUUAAUUAUGAAUGGCGCCUUCAGCAUGCAUUCGACGCCGACCUCAGUCAUGCCAAUUUGCCAGCAACAGCCAUAACACUAAGCAGCCUGAAGGCUAACCACAGCCCGACUGACGUUGUAGAUGAAAGCCAAGCGCCGGAUCUCGCCGCCGAUGCAGCCUGGCAGAAGCUGUCGGAAGAGAUCGAGCUCGACAAAGAGUUCCUUGAGGUCCUUGAUGCCGUUAUUCUACCGGACCGGCUCGAAGUGACGAGGGACAAUGCCACGCCGAAGAUCAUCGCCUUGGUAGAAGUGCUCAGAUCUCUGAGGAUGGACGGUCGUUUGUCGUCCGACUUCUGUGGGAUCAUCUUCGUGUCGAGGAGAGAGACAGCCAUGGCUCUCAAUGAGCUCAUCAAACGCGUUCCUCAACUCGAUUUCCUGCAUCCAGAGUGCCUGAUUGGACACGACGCUGACGCCCGACUCGGCAUGAGCUGGCAAGAUCAGAGCAAGUGCCUUGCACGAUUUCGACGCAGGGAUCCGACCAAUUUGCUGAUUGCCACCAGUGUCUUGGAGGAAGGACUCGACAUCUCGCCGUGCAACGUCAUCAUCCGCUUCGACCUCUUUCACACACAUAUACAAUUCGUGCAAAGCCGAGGUCGUGCUCGACACCAAGAUAGCCAGUACAUCAUUCUGGUGGAGCGAGGCAAUGCGAAGCUAAGCAAGUUGCUCGUGGCAGUGACUAGAGCUGAGCACGAGAUGCAGACAUGGCUGCACAACCUACCAGAUGAUCGAGAGCUUCCGACGGAUGCGCUCGCUACUUCCUCAAGAGGGGCUCUGGACGAUGGUGAGGAGGAGCUGAACGCAAUGGAAGCCAAGGUACAUCUCGACGAAAGGUCCACCGGUGCGCGGCUUCACCCAGCAGAUUGCCUUGGAGUGCUAUCGUAUUACGUUGCGAUCCUUCGAACAGAUGACUACUCCCCCUCAGCACCUGUGUACGCCUUCGAUCGAGGCUUGAAUGGCGUUUCUGCGACCGUCCAUCUGCCCGCCAAUGCGCGAUUGCGAGUCGUGCACGGACCGGCCUGCAAAUCGAAGAGAGUAGCCAGACGCUUUGCCGCUUUCGAGGCUUGUCGCCAUCUCCGAGCUUUAGGCGUGCUUGACGACCAUCUCGUGCCCCGCGUGCAUCGACCUCAGAUGGACUUCCAGCCGUUCGAGAAAACUGUGCACGGCAAGGUCAUGGGCACUCGCUUUCGCGAAAUUCGCCUGACCAUUCCUCCGCCGCGCGUAUUCUGCCGGCUUCCUCAGAAGACGAGCAACGAGCAGUUCUUGGUGCACGCAACCCUUUUGAAUCUGUCCUCCCUCGCAUCAGAGCCAAAGCCGCGAGACCUGCUUCUCAUCACGUUUGAACCGCUUCCCAAAUUGCCUGAACUACCGUUGCAUCUUGAGCAUGGUGCCUGUGUUUUACCGGAGAGCGCCGGCUCAGUGCCGAUACUUUUGACCCCCAGUCAGCUCUUCCUUUGCCGCAAGUAUACUGCUCUAGCUUUUGCACUGAUGACGCGCAAGAAACAACCUUCCGCAGCGUUGACGUUCUUUAUACUCCCAUUGCUCUCGGGACGGCGUCAUUCGGAGGAUUCUGCGCUUUCAAUCGACUGGCCAGAAGUCAAGCAUCUUGUCGACUCAAACCUCAGGCCCGUUGCUCUGACAACCUUCCUUGAUCAAGACGAGAUCCAAGCAGCGAAUGAGAUCCUGCGAGACAGAGUGAUCACGAGAGGAAUGGACGUACGAUGUGCGGCUCCUUUGCACGUGCUGGAUGUCGAUACGUUUGACGACCUUACUUUCGAGCGGAUUGAAGAGGUGCGGCGCACGUACAGACGCGCGUUCUCUGGGCCACCACAAGAGCAAGAUGUGACCUGUCUUAGGCCAGAUUCACCUUCUCAGCAGUAUUACGGUGGCGAGGCUCUGAUCAUCACUGCUCGGAGACUCCCUCGCUUCGACAAUUAUCUCUCCCCUCUCCCAAACGAAGGCCGGAGACGAACCGCUUACGCGCGCAAUCACUAUCUGGUCAGGGCUGCAUGCUGGCUGCACCCCAUCAGCGCCUCAUGCCACCGCGCCAUCAGCUUCGUUCCAUCAAUUCUGGCCCACGUGGAGCAUUUGCUCAGAGUCCACGAGCUGAAUGAUCGCCUUUUCGCGUCUUCCCUUGAUGUCUCGAUGCUACAGGUCGCAACCUCUGCCCCUUCGGCUGGUCGCGACUUCGAUUAUCAGAAACUCGAGUUUUUGGGAGACGCGUUCUUCAAAAUUGCCGGGAGCUGCUACGUCUUCUCCCGCACAAUUACGCAGAAUGAAGGCGAGCUGCACGUGUCUCGACUCAAAGUCAUCAGCAACGCGAAUUUAGUGCGCAAGGCAGUUCAGCGCGGCAUCUGGCAGGCUUGCCAGGUUUCAAGCUUCUCCCGUAAGGGCUGGAGCCCCGUGGCUCAUCAAGUGCUCACGUUCAAUGGAGGUGCCAAGGUCAGCGAGAAGCUGUUGGCUGACGUUGUGGAAGCUUGCAUGGGAUCUGCGCUCAUGCUCGGCGGGGAGACUCUAUGUCUCAGCGUCAUGAGCCAACUGGGGCUGUGGCCAGAGGACUACAAGAUGCUCUCUGAUAUGCAUGGCAACUGGGACAAGCAGCGCAGCAAGACUGUACCAAGUGGUGGCAACGAGCCUGAACGCAUCAAUAAGCGAGCUCUGGAGAAGCUGGAAAACCUCUUGCAGUAUCGAUUCAGCGAGCCUGAGCUGGCUUUGGAAGCCCUUAUGCACCCGUCCCUCAUAGCUUCGGAUCUCCCCAGCUACCAGCGACUCGAGUUCCUAGGGGACGCCGUCGUCGAUUUCCUAGUCGUCGAUCAUUUGCAAAAUAGCUAUGGAGAGCUCGACGAGGGUGCUCUCACGCUGCUCAAGGGAAAUGCUGUCUCCAAUGCCGCUUUUGGCGCUCUGUGCGAAGCCAUUGGUCUUCAUCACUUUCUGCAACAUUCUGACGCUACGCUUGCUCGAGCAGCAUUCGAAUAUGCCACGCAAGCCGCUAAAUCGAGGGCGGAGCAAGAGGCAAAGGAGGCGAAAGAUCGCAGACAGUAUUGGUGGCACUUGUCACCUCCAAAGGCGAUGGCUGAUAUUUGCGAAUCGAUCAUGGGAGCAGUAUUUACGGACAGCCAUUUCAACCUUGAAGUGGCAAAGUCGCUGUUCGAUCGCCUCUUCCUCCCUUUCUUCAAGCAAUACGUUCGACCGGAAACUGUAGUCAUACACUCCACUGCGGCGCUGUCCACUAUCUUGCAGCAGCUAGGAUGUCGGAACUAUUCUUUGGAGCUCACCGAAGCGGAGCUAUACGCCCAGAAAAGUUUCAAGCGUAUCGAUCUUCGUUACGAUGCUCCUGAGCCCAGCGUGGGUCUCAGAUGCAGAGUCGUAUUUCAUGGAAUGCUUCUUGGCGAAGGGCUUGGCGUAGGACGACAGCAAGCUCAGACGGAAGCGGCUAAAGCCGCGACUGAGUUGCUAGACAGGGAAGGUAAAGCGUUGCUGCAACGCUGCGACUGUCGCGAAGAGAGCGCGCGUGUGCGACAAGCCACGCGGCAACAUCGAGAUGCUGCUCGUGAGGGCAAUUCAUCGUGCGGAUCCGAAGAGGGGGAGCUUGAGAGCGACACGGAAGGAAAAAGUCAGGAAGAUGGAGAACAGGACGUCAAUGUCGCAGCCGGCCAUGCUAGCGCCCCCGUUACGAGCAACGACAUCUUCUCGGACAGGCAGGAAGAUGCCAUGGACACUCUUGCCUAGUCUCAAUGCUGCCGUCUUUACAGUUUGGGGCGCCUUCGAUGCAACAAAUCAUGAUUGCUUGUGCUGUACAUUCAAAAGGUUCAGUGACCAUGAAAUUGAAACACAUCCCCGUACCU